CCCGCGGCGGCUGGCGUCGAGAAAGUACAGUAAAAAGUCCGAGUGCAGCCGCUCGGCGCACAAGAUGGGAUCCGGCUCCUCCAGCUACCGGCCCAAGGCCAUCUACUUGGACAUCGAUGGGCGCAUCCAGAAGGUGGUGUUCAGCAAACAUUGCAACUCCAGCGACAUCAUGGACCUGUUCUGCAUUGCCACCGGCCUGCCUCGAAACACGACCAUCUCCCUGCUGACCGCGGACGACGCCAUGGUGUCCAUCGACCCCACCAUGCCUGCCAAUUCAGAACGCACCCCAUACAAAGUGAGACCGGUGGCCAUCAAGCAGCUGUCUGAGAAAGAAGAGCUAAUCCAGAGCAUGCUGACCCAGGUCGUGGAGCAGUUCUCAAGAGCGUUUAAAGUCAACGAACUGAAAGCCGAGGUCGCGAAUCACUUGGCGGUGCUGGAGAAGCGAGUCGAAUUGGAAGGCCUGAAGGUGGUGGAGAUUGAGAAAUGCAAGAGUGACAUCAAGAAGAUGAGGGAGGAGCUGGCGGCCAGAAGCGGCAGGACCAGCUGUCCCUGCAAGUACAGUUCCGUGCAUAACGGCAAGAAGCUGGUGCCCCGGCGGGAUGUCCCCACUUAUCCCAAGUACCUGCUCUCUCCGGAGACCAUCGAGGCCCUGCGGAAACCCACCUUUGACGUCUGGCUCUGGGAGCCCAACGAGAUGCUGAGCUGCUUGGAGCACAUGUACCAUGACCUGGGCCUGGUCCAAAGCUUCUCCAUCCACCCGGUCACGCUCAGGAGAUGGCUGCGCUGCGUGCACGACAACUACAGGACCAACCCUUUCCACAACUUCCGGCACGGCUUCUGCGUGGCCCAGAUGAUGUACAGCAUGAUCUGGCUCUGCGGGCUGCAGGAGAAGUUUUCCCAAAUGGACAUCUUGAUUCUAAUGACGGCGGCCAUCUGCCACGAUUUGGACCACCCGGGGUACAACAACACGUACCAGGUCAAUGCGCGCACGGAGCUGGCCGUCCGAUACAACGACAUCUCGCCCCUGGAGAACCACCACUGUGCCGUGGCCUUUCAGAUCCUCGCCCAGCCCGAGUGCAACAUCUUCGCCAACGUGCAGCCGGAGGGCUUCAAGCAGAUCAGACAGGGGAUGAUCACUCUGAUUUUAGCCACCGACAUGGCAAGACACGCAGAGAUUAUGGAUUCUUUCAAAGAAAAAAUGGAGAAUUUUGACUACAGCAACGAGGAGCACGUGACCCUUCUGAAGAUGAUUUUGAUAAAAUGCUGUGAUAUCUCCAACGAGGUGCGUCCGAUGGAAGUGGCGGAACCGUGGGUGGACUGCCUGUUAGAGGAAUAUUUCAUGCAGAGCGACCGCGAGAAGUCGGAAGGCCUCCCCGUGGCCCCUUUCAUGGACCGAGACAAAGUGACUAAAGCCACGGCCCAAAUUGGGUUCAUCAAGUUUGUCCUGAUCCCGAUGUUCGAAAUGGUGACCAAGCUCUUCCCCGCGGUCGAGGAGCUCAUGCUGCAGCCCCUCUGGGAGUCCCGAGAUCACUAUGAGGAGCUGAAGCAAAGAGAUGACUGCGUGAACGAGAGGGAGGCGGACAGCCCGACAGCCGGGGGCACCGACACGUCCUCGUCGUCCCCGUCGUCCAGAGAGAAGAGCAGAGACGUGAGCAACAGCGAAGAGAACGCUCUUCUGAAUUGACGACUCGAGGCGCCUGACGAGCCUGAAGAAGGCGGGCCGCUGCGGGCUGUGCUCCUGGACCGGUGGCUGUCCAUGCUGGGAGAAAAGUCCCUUCCGGAGAAGUCCACCCCGAGCGCCGGACUCCACGAGACCACGUUUUCUAAGAACUGUUUUGUUCACCGAUCCAAAAAAGAGAAAAAAGAAAAAGAAAAUGGAAUUCAUGAUGCUGUACAGAAUUUUUAUUUUUAAACGGUCUUUUAAAUAAUAUAUUCUUAUACGGAAACGGGUACUGUACUUCUUCCUAGUGCUGUGUAUCCCAGGGCUGCUCGGGGGGUCCCCAGAGCCCCAGUGCUCUCGCGGGGAGACGGGACUGUGCUCUUCUCGCAGACCUGUCUGCGCGGCGUGAGGCGACGCUGCCUCCCCUGUAAGCUCAGAAUUAAACGCCAGGCGGUGCCCGGUGCACAAGGA